AUGGUGUUGCAGAAGAGGAUGAACUAUAGUUUUGAUGGCUAUCAUGUGCCUGUCAUUCCUAGAGCUUCAAGAUCUGUUAGGGGGAGGGGUUCCAUCCGGAAGAAGCGCGACAGCAGUCAUAUACAUGCUUUCGAAAUUCUAGCUAGCGUAGCUGGCAAUUUCUUGCAUGCAAACGAGAGUUCCAACCCUGAAAACACUUCUUUUGCAAAAGAAGCUGAUCUUUUUCAUGGUAAUGAUGUAAAGGAGAAAGAGAAUGAUGAAACAGUAGGGUUGUUUAAGGGGGACCUUUUCACGCACGGGACGUGUAGCAAAACUACCACUACUUGUGUCCCUAGUUUGCAAGGAGAACAUGACAACCAAAGCCAUCUUGAAGGGCAAGGACAAAAUGUCCUUGAGAGAGAAGAUGGAGGCAUGAAAAGAAGAAAUUCUAAUGAGAAAAUCAUCCAUAUCAAAGGCAGCUAUGUCGGAGUUACUGAACCAGGUCAUAGGGUAUUUAAAGAUUGCACUUUGGAAAAUAAUGUGGAAAAGCCUUUGCCAGAGUGUCGCAAUCAUCUUGAUUCUUCGCACGGCGGUUCCACUGCUAGGAAAUUAGUUAAUACAGAUAAUGACGAAAACUUUGCUCGGUGCACUCAAUCAAACUUGAGGAAUAAGAUAUCGAGUCCACCACUAGACACACCAAAACUGAAGGAUGCAAGUCCUAUUGCAAGUGAUGAGAACAAUAGUAGAGACAACUCUGAACUCGAAAAUUUACAACGCAUGUAUCCAUUUAAGAAGAGGAAGUUCUUUAAUCAGACCUCAUCAUCCACAUCCGAUAGAGGCUCUCAGUGUCAAGGCGUAUUUGAUUUUUCAGACAGCAAAGUUAAUAGCACAAUCCAUGGUACAGGGAUUGAAGAAUCGUCCUCUAUAGCUGGUCAACAGCUUCAUCCUGGAUCCAAGGGUUGUAAUGUGAAGCUUAGCAUAAAAUCCUUCAAAGUCCCGGAGCUUUUCAUUGAUAUACCAGAAACUGCAACAAUUGGAUCACUGAAGAGGACAGUGAUGGAGGCUGUGACAACUAUACUAGGAGAUGAACUACAUGUCGGCAUCCUUUUGCAGGGAAAGAAGAUUCGAGACGACAACAAAACUCUGAUUCAGACAGGGAUAUGCCAAGAUGACAAACGUCAUAGGUUAGGGUUCAUGUUGGAGCCAAGACAUACUAGGAUUUCUUCACCUUCGUACAAUGAAGACCCUUGUUAUUUAACUUCUAGUCCACAACAAAAGUUAUCUAGGCAAUCAACAUCAUUAAUGUUCCAACAGGGAACAUAUAAUGUAUCUCAAGAACGCUCUCUGAUCAAAAUUGAAAGUUGUGCUGAAGGUGAUCUCAAAUUGGCCUCCUCUGUAGCAGAUACUUCAGCAAACAAUAACAUGUCCAAGUGUCGUGCUCUAGUAGCAGUUCCUGCCAUUAACAUGCAAGCAUUAGCUGUGGUCCCAUUGCGGCGCAAAUCUGGGAAUCCUGACUUCGGACAGCGUCGAAUUAGGAGGCCUUUCUCUGUCCUUGAAGUAGAAGCAUUGGUUCAGGCAGUUGAAAAACUUGGAACUGGAAGGUGGCGCGAUGUCAAACAACGUGCUUUCGAUCAUGCAAAGCAUCGAACUUAUGUGGAUUUGAAGGAUAAGUGGAAGACAUUGGUGCACACAGCAAGAAUCUCCCCUCAGCAAAGAAGAGGAGAACCUGUACCUCAAGAGCUUUUGGAUAGGGUCUUAGCCGCACACGCGUAUUGGUCUCAACAACAAUGCAAGCACCAACUUAAACCUUUGUAA